AGCUGUGAAACAUGAAUUCAAUGAACUGGUAGAGAGACCUCACUUUACAGGGACAUUCAUGUAACAUGACUCAUGGCAGUUUCUGUUAGUGAAUUCCAAUCUUAAAAAAUAUACUAAGUAUCUAACUCAAACCAGCAAUUAUCCUUAAAAAAACAAUAACAGCUAAGUUUUGUGUGAGGGAGAUUUUAUUUUGAAUGAAGCAAGAAGUUUCAUAUCCCUUCUCUUCUUCUUGUGGGGUCCUCCUUUUUCACAGGUUAAGGACAGCCUCAUCACCAGCCUGGAAAGGGUUGUUAUAGCAUUAGCUGCCCACUAAAAAGCUCUUUGCUUGAUGGGCUUUCACGGCGACAUUCAUCAAAUAUCAACUGGACUUUGAUCUCUGGCUUCAUCCCAAUUCACUCUCCCUCAGUUUCUCUCCUUUUUGGUUUUCUUCUUGAGGUAAGAGUGUAUAUUUCAGCAAAAAGUUUUUGUCUUUGCAAUAAUGUAGAUUGCAUUCUUUUGUACUUAAUUACUGUUUUUUUCAUAGAGCUAAGCUUGGUUGAAGUUGGUCUAGAUAGAUCUGAGGUUUGUGAGGAUAUUGUUUUUGAGGCAUUUAGUGAUCUGGGAGCUAGUUCCUAGCAUUUGGGUUCUUAAGGCUCAGGGAUUGGGGUUUGGGAGCUAGGCAGUUCUAGUUUUCGUUUUCUUUUUUUUUCUGUGAUUUGGGACUUGUGCAUUAUUUGGCUUGCUAGGAGCUCGAGGGUUUGGGAUAUUGCAAAUGGUGAGCAUGAAACUAGUGAGCUGGUUACCUGUAGUUGUUGCUUGUGUUUUAUUUGAGUUCCUUGGUCAUAGUGGAUCAUGUGCUGCAUUCACUCCUCCUGAUAACUACUUGGUGGCUUGUGGUUCUUCACAAAGGGUCAUCUUCCAAGGAAAAACUUAUGUUCCUGACUCAGGGCAUUCUUCUCUCACUUUAAACACUGGAACUUCUGUUGUUGCCAAGUCCAAUUCUAGUUUCCCAUCUCCUAUCUACCAAUCUGCUCGAAUUUUGUCAGGCAUAUCGUCUUACAAAUUUGAUAUUAAGCAAGAAGGCAGGCAUUGGAUCCGUCUUUAUUUUUACCCUAUUCCAAACUCAGGCCAAAACUUGAUGUCUGCGUCGAUCACUGUAGCCACUGACGAUUUUGUACUUUUGAACAAUUUCACAUUCAAGAACUAUAAUGGUUCUUACAUGUUCAAGGAGUACGCAGUCAAUGUGACUUCUGAUACUUUGACCCUUUCCUUCAUUCCUUCAAACAAUUCUGUCACAUUUAUUAAUGCAAUCGAAGUUGUUUCUGUCCCUGAUGAAGUCUUUCCAGACCAGGCAGUAGCUAUAAAUCCAUCUACCCCUUUUAGUGGUCUUUCUGAACUUGCCUUCGAAACUGUUUUCCGGUUAAACACUGGAGGUCCGUUGAUCACUGCAGAAAAUGAUACUCUUGGAAGAAUUUGGGAGAAUGAUGCCAAAUAUCUCCAUGUGAACAGCUCUGCAUUGAAUGUUUCAGUUAACCCUGCAUCCAUAAGAUAUCCACCUGCUGUCACUACUGAAAUAGCACCAAAUUGGGUUUAUGCCUCUGCUGAUGUGAUGGGAGAUGCAAAUGUAGCCAACAUGAACUUCAACAUAACUUGGGUGUUCUCUGUCAAUCAAAACUUCCGCUAUUUUGUGCGGGUACAUUUCUGUGACAUUGUGAGUAAGGCUCUGAACAAUCUUGUGUUCAAUCUGUACAUAAAUGAUGAUAAUGCCGUUGAGAGUCUUGACCUCUCAACCUUUACUGGUGGCUUGAGUGUACCCUAUUACAGAGACUUUGUCUCCAAUGCUUCAGUAGAUUCAGAUACUUUCACUGUAAGUGUUGGUCCAGAUUCAACAACAGAUUUGGCAAAUGCAACUAUGAAUGGGCUGGAGAUUUUCAAAAUCAGCAAUGAAGCUAAAAGCUUGGAUGGGCUUUCAUCUGUUGAGAGCCUCCUUCCUCAAUCACCAUCGAAGAAAAACAAGAUUGGAAUUAUCAUUGGUUCGAUUGUUGGAGCUGUGGUUGCAUUUGGUUUGAUUGGUCUCUGUUACUGUUGCUUGGCAGCACAAAGGUCAAAGACUACUACUCACCAGGCACAUCCAUGGCUGCCAUUGCCAUUAUAUGGAAACUCUCAGACCAUGACCAAGAUGUCCACAACUUCUCAAAAGAGUGGAACGGCAAGCUGCAUCUCAUUGACUUCCUCUAAUCUUGGUCGGCUCUUCACAUUCCAAGAAAUCCUUGAUGCAACGAACAAGUUUGAUGAGAGCCUGCUUCUUGGGAUUGGCGGCUUUGGCAGGGUGUACAAAGGAACCCUUGAAGAUGGAACUAAAGUAGCUGUCAAAAGAGGAAAUCCCAGAUCCGAACAAGGUCUUGCUGAAUUCCGAACUGAGAUUGAAAUGUUAUCGAAGCUUCGCCACCGUCAUCUUGUCUCUCUUAUUGGCUAUUGUGAUGAGCGGUCAGAAAUGAUUCUUGUCUAUGAAUACAUGGCUAAUGGACCCCUUAGGAGCCAUCUAUAUGGAACUGAUCUUCCACCUCUAUCAUGGAAGCAACGACUAGAAAUAUGCAUUGGGGCUGCCAGGGGCCUGCAUUAUCUCCACACAGGUGCCACUCAAAGCAUUAUUCACCGAGAUGUCAAGACAACAAACAUUCUGUUGGAUGAAAAUUUCGUGGCCAAAGUUGCUGAUUUUGGCCUCUCAAAAACGGGCCCAGCUCUUGAUCAGACCCAUGUGAGCACAGCUGUUAAGGGUAGCUUUGGUUACCUUGAUCCUGAGUACUUCAGAAGGCAACAACUCACAGAGAAGUCAGAUGUGUAUUCAUUUGGAGUGGUUCUAAUGGAAGUUCUCUGCACUAGACCAGCUCUAAACCCUGUUCUCCCUAGGGAACAAGUCAAUAUAGCAGAGUGGGCAAUGACCUGGCAGAAGAAGGGCAUGUUGGAUCAAAUCAUGGACUCCAAUCUAGCAGGUAAGGUGAAUCCAGCUUCUCUCAAGAAAUUUGGGGAGACAGCUGAGAAAUGCCUUGCAGAGCAUGGAGUUGACAGGCCAUCAAUGGGAGACGUCUUGUGGAAUCUUGAGUAUGCUCUUCAGCUUGAGGAGACCUCAUCUGCGCUCAUGGAACCUGAAGAUAACAGCACAAACCAUAUCCCAGGCAUUCCGUUGACACCACUUGAACCAUUUGAUAACAGCGCAAGUGUAAUUGAUGGAGGGAACUCUGGAACAGACGAUGAUGCUGAGGAUGCUGCCACUAGUGCUGUAUUUUCUCAGCUAGUAAAUCCUCGUGGAAGAUGAGGAGGCUUCCACCCAUUCUUGGACAAAGGGCAUUCUGGUGAAGAUUUGGCUGUCUGGUCACCGAGUGUUUGUGAUAAAAUGGGAAGUGAAUGAGCUAAGGUUAUCUCUUAUCACAUUGUUCAAUUUUUUUUUUACCUCAAUUUAUCUUCCAUAGCUUGUAAUAUUGUUCAGCGAUGGAUGCGAAUGAAUCCAUCUGAAAUUGCAAGUUACCGUAAGGGCUUGAUCUAAAAUUCUUCUGGCUUUCAGCUGCCACGUUAUUUAUUUUUCACACAAUUACUGGAGAUAUUCAAUGUAUUGCUUUCACAAUAUUUAUAUCCACAGAUUGAUUAUAGAAAUAA